AUGGUCAACAGAAUAUAUGCUGACCUCCGGAUUCGUAUUUCAGUUGUAUUUCUGACAACCUGUGCUUCUCUCUACAUUUUCCUGGGCUAUUUGUACUCCAAUGCUGACACUUCAACCGGAAAUGACGUAGACAAUUACAGCACAAAGGAAGUGGUUCAUAAUAACGUUUUUGCUAUAGUUAACAAACAACAAAAAUCGGAAUUUACUACACAGGAUGGUCAAAUUGCGCAGUGUAGUCAUAUAACAUAUGGAGGAAAUAUUCGUGCCGGGCUCAAUGACGUUAGUAGAUUGCAAUUUAUUCCAAAAGGAGAAUAUAGGCCAGCACAAAAUUCUAGACCGUGUGAUCAAAAUUUUAUCGCUACAGAUUUGGAAUUAGAUAUACGUGAAUACAGACAUGGACUUAAAUGUGUAAAGAACUUUGAAGAAGAACAUAAGAUUUCCAAAAAUGCCUUUUGGGCUGGAACCACACAUUUAAUUCGUCACAAACAUCAUUCAUACCUGACUCCAAAUAGUAUAGUGAUAGAAGUUGGUGGAAACGUGGGCGUGGAUGCCGCUGCUAUCAUACAAAAAUACAAGCCAAGUGCUUACAUAUUGCUGGAACCUGUUCUUCCUUUGUUUAACAAAUUGAAGAAAACAUUUAAUAAAACAAGAAAUAUGUAUUUGUAUAACUUUGGACUUGGGAAAAAUCUCUCCUAUUUCCAUGUUUAUAUGGAGGGUCAUGAAGGAGAGGCUACCUCACAGUUCACGGGGUCAAGGGCAGGAGAUUGCCUUAUCAAGGUCAUCAAUGCUACAGCAUUCAUGCUCAAACUAGGAGUCGGGUGUUUUGAUGUGGAUCUACUGACAAUCAAUUGUGAAGGAUGUGAGUUCGACAUCCUUGAAUCUCUGAUCUCUACAAGUCUGAUAAAAAGUUUCAAGCACGUGCAGUUUGCCACUCAUCCAACACUGGAACAUCUGUAUAGUCCUGUAACCAGAUAUUGUGAAAUAAUCCAGGUGUUGUCGAGAACGCAUGUACCAUCAUAUCGAUAUGGAUUUACUUGGGAGUCUUGGACAAGGAGGGAUUUACUUAACAAGGCUUAA